CUCCGCACUUUAAACACUGUUGUGUACUUUGCACAAAAACACGCUUCAUUAAGGCCUCUUAGCUUGUGAUAUUGCUCUACUGCCUCAUCUGACGUGCUGUACCACGCAUCCUAUCAUACAUCUUUUGCGUGUCUUUUCACGCGUCUUUUUGUCCCUCAUCAGACUAUCGAUGCAUUCCCCAUCUUAUUAUGCCUCCAGUUGCUAUGGUAAGUGUAGCAUACACUCAUGGGACUCACCCAAUCUGCGGAUCUCUCUGUUGCACAGAAAAUCAAGAUCCCUGAUCCGCGAGGCCGAGGAAACUGUAAAAAGUACUCCAUAGAAGAGACCCUUGGCAUGGAAUGAAACGAGUAUGUUAACCAACCCCAAGCCUAGACUGACUAUGAAAACUUGUGGAUCGCUGAAGUCCUAAAGGGGAAAGGCAGAGCAAUGCCGACACCCAGGGGUUCAAAGAUUUAACCUAGCUAUGUUAACUUCUCUCUGGUUGCUUGCGUUCGCUCUCAUUUCACUCUUACACUGUUAUUGCCAACUCAUUCAACUUUACCUGACUUGCUACAUGCUCUUUCGCAUAGAGUGCUUCGACUUUGCUGCUCCCAUUCGAUCUCUCUUGGUACUGUACUGCUUGUACCUUGCCAUUUACACAUAUUCACUUGUAGCAUCACACUUCUGAUGACCACGCUUCAUGUAUACGCAUGUAUUACC